AUGGAAAAGAUGGAACACGCUCCUCUAACAGAAGACUUUGGAUACGAUGGUUUUGACGACGAGUACUCGAUGGCUUCAUCCUCCUAUGAUAGCGAUGUCGAAGGAGGCGGCUCCGACAUGGAAAGCGGGAGCAGUAGACGGGAAUCCAGUGACGGCGAGCCGGACAAAAUUCUAAGCUCGCAAGAGAGCCAACAAGUCUACUGCUCCAAGAUGGUAGUGUAUGGUGUACUCUUCAUUGCGGCAGCCGCAGUGUCGACUGUGGCCUAUAUCUUCUUGGCACGCGAGGAAGAAAACACCAUGAAGGUGGAGUUCUCGGCUUACUCGCGGGAGAUCUUGAAGCAAGCUCAAGCCAACUCGAAGCGCAUGUUCGAAGAGCUCUGGGAUCUCAGCAAGUCCAUCACAUCUCACGCUCUGGACACCAACAGUUCUUGGCCAAACUGCACUCUCCCCUACUUCGACAUUCACGCACAUGACUUGAAGAAAAAGACCGGAAACCUAGAGUUUGUCGGCUUUGCACCCUUUGUAACACCCGAGAAUCGGGCCGGCUGGGAACAAUACUCUGUGGACAAUCAAGGCUGGAUCCAACAAGACUAUAACUAUCGCAAUUGGACCCAUGCUGCUGCUCCUAUUCCUACUUCCAUCCAUCAAUACAACGGCAGCGGUCUCACCCAAGAAGAUUAUGUCUUUGAAGAUCCGCAGUUCGACUACGAGAUCCCCCUUUGGCAAAUUGCUCCUGCACAAAACGACACUUCCGUCAUCAACCUCGAUUUGGCUACCGUUCCCGUCUUUGCGCACCUCCUCUGGGACAUUAAGAUGAAAAAGGUCGAGCAAUACUCCCGCAUCAUGGACCUCCAUUUCCUGCUUGGCGACAAUCUAAACCAAAACAACCCAGAUCACCCCAGAGGGACUAUUUAUCAACCAGUCAUGGAAGACUUUCGCGAAAAUGCCGAUGUUGUCGGCUUUGCCAUGGGCACGUUGACAUGGGACCUCAUGUUCGAGAAUGUCCUGUUUGACAGCUCGUCUCCGCUUUUGGUGGAGAUUGAAGGGACAUGCAACGCCAUUUUCACCUACAAGAUUGGUGGCGAAAGCAUGC